AUGGGUGGCCAGCUCCUCUGUCGAACAACAUGCUCCGCUUGGAAUCUGUAUUUUCUGUGUGCGCUUCUUCCUGAAUUGGCAUCGAAUCCGCAGCAUCCCUUCUCCCUUGGCACCAAGAAAGGUUGCAAAAGGAAACGUCCCGUCUUCACUUUAUCUGAUUCCAUCCUCGCCUUCCUCUCUCGAUUGCGAGUGCUGUUCUCCCCGUCUCCCUUUCGCUCCUUCUCGCGUGUCAUGGGGGACUAUGCCGAGUUCCGCGACUGGGAGGUCCUCGACUUCGACGCCGGUGAGGACCAUAUGAAAAUCUUGCACGAACGCGCCUGCGGCGGCUCCAUCUUGUCCGAUUACUUCGCGCUCGGUGCUCAAGAGCGGUGCCGUAAAGGAGCCACCUUUAACGGAAAUGCCCACGAGGAGGAGAUGAUCGAAGCAGCUGCGCUGGUCGAUUCGAAAAGCCCUAACUGGGUCGACCCGGAGCCCAAUUCCCAGUUUCUCGACAAGGCGAAAGAGGAUGUUGGUUUUCGUGGAACUGAGUUCUCUCCCGGCGAUUUUGGCGGGUUGCGUUCCCAUGAGUCGUCAGACGAGCAAAGAUCGGAUUUUGGCGGUGAAAAGGGCGAGCUUGGUGGCGCCGAAGCGUUCGAGGUUGGAGAUAUUGUCCAUGGAGAUGAUGGGGCUGAUAAAGAAGUGGUUUCCUUGGGAAUCGGGGAGAAGCCUGUGGAAGAAGCUCCUCAAGAACUUGUAAAGAACAUUGAGUGUUUAAAUUCAUCGGUCGAAAUGACCGAUAACGACGGCGGAGCGCAGAAAAAAUUGCUUUUGGGAACACAUAAGAGAGUGAUGGUUUGGUGGAAGUUUCCAUUUGAACUCAUAAGGUUUUGUGCUUUCAGAGUGAAGCCAUUUUGGUCCUUCUCCAUUGCUGCGGCUGUCUUGGGGGUUUGGAUGCUUGGAAAGAGGCUGUCCGACAGGAAACACAAAACUAGAAGCAUUCCUCUAAAUGUUCCUUUGGAUGUAAAGAGAGGAUCCCAGAUGAAGAUACAAGCAACCCGUCUCAAUGAAGCCUUCUCGGUCUUGAGGCAGAGUCCUAUUUUAAGAGCUCCACUCCACCCUACCAGUGGCUUGACCUCAUGGUCUGUUGUGUCCCUUCAGUGAGAUGCUUCGUUGAUCAAUACUAGGAGUCAGUUCGAAUAAAGUCAUGGGAGAGCUUUCUCUAUUACCCUUUAUGGCAGCUCAGAAACACCUAUUCAUAUGCGAUAUUUGUUAUGGAAGCUCUGAAUGUUAUGCAUGACGUAUCAGCUCUAGUUCAAACUUGUAUGUCACUAAAUUUGGUGUCUGGGCAUGUUUGUCAUCCUUGUGUUAUUAAGUCUUACUCAUAAGCAGGCCGAUGUCUGUCAGCUUUCGAGAUAAGUGAUCAAAGCCAUGUAUAUUCUGCCAUAACUAUAGUCCCUUUUGUAGAUAUCUAAAGAAAGUUGGUUCUCGUCUUACAAACUUUGGAUGUAUUUAUAACAUCUGCAGAGUAAUAAGAUUGUUAGUGAUAUUGCAAUUAGUCA